AAUCAGGCACUGCGAAAUGGCGAUGCCAACAUCUGGCCACCUGUUGCUGCUGCUUGGCCUCUGCUGCACUUUGGUGCAAGCCAGCUACCCACUUAAGAUACUGGGUCUAUUUCCGCACCCUGCCAUUAGUCAUUUUAACUUCUUUCAUCCAAUUAUGCGUGGCCUAGCUGAGAAAGGACAUGACGUUACGGUGAUAAGUCAUUUUCCGGAUAAAAGCCCACCGGUGGGCUAUAGAGAUUUGCCGCUGACGAAUCAUGCAACUUUGACGAAUAGUGUGGAUUUGAAGGCGUUUGAAAACAGACAUUUCUACAUUAAAUUUGGGAUAUUCCGUACGCUGUAUAACUUGUACAACUGGGGUAAGGAUGCCUGCAAUCAGACGCUACAUUCCGAAGCCUUGGCACAGGUGUUACGACAGCGGCAACAUUUCGAUAUAAUCAUUAUGGAGCAAUUCAACAGCGAUUGCAUGGUGGCGGUGGCACAUCAACUCAAGGCGCCAUUCAUAGCGUUGAGUAGCUGUGCGAUGAUGCCUUGGCACUACGAACGCAUGGGCGUGCCCAUGAUACCAUCAUCUAUACCGACAAUCUUCAUGGGACAAUCGGAGUCGAUGAGCUUCGUCCAGCGCCUAGCCAACUGGUUCAUCUUCCACAGCACGCGUUUGUUUUAUGAUUUCACCAUCACUCCCACAACCGAUGCCAUGGUGCAAUACAAAUUUGGUCAUGACCUACCCUCCGUUGCUGAAUUGGCUAAGCAAACUUCAGCCUACUUCGUGAAUCAACACUUCUCACUGAGCGGCGUUAAGCCACUGCCACCCUCUGUCGUGGAGCUUGGCGGCAUACAUAUACAAAAGGCUAAGCCGCUGGAUGCCGAGCUGCAGAAGUUUAUCCACAAUGCCGAGCAUGGCGUCGUCUUCAUUAGUUGGGGUUCGAUGAUACGCGCCGAAACCUUGCCGCCAGCCAAGCGCGAAGCUAUUUUGCGCGCUGUGAAGCGUCUCAAGCAGCGCGUCAUUUGGAAAUGGGAGAAUAGUAGUACAUUGGAAGACAAGCCGGACAAUUUGUACAUAGGUAAAUGGCUGCCACAACGCGACAUACUCUGUCAUCCGAAUGUGAAAGUUUUCAUGACACAUAGCGGCUUAAUGGGCAGCUCGGAGGCGGCUUAUUGUGGUGUGCCCGUUGUUGCUACACCCAUGUAUGGCGAUCAGUUUUUGAAUGCGGCGGCCUUGAAGCAACGCGGCAUGGGCCUAGUGCUGCUCUAUGAGGAUAUCACGGAGAAUUCAGUGCUCAGAUCGGUUAGGGAAGUGCUGAAGAAGCAAUACAUGGACAAUGCCAAAGCGGUCUCGUUCUCCUACAAACAUCGACCACAAACUGCGUUGCAAUCGGCCAUCUGGUGGGUGGAAUAUGUCGCCAAAACAGAGGGCGCUCCCCUCACUAAAGCCGAUGCGGUGUUUUUAUCACGCUUUGUCUACUACUCAAUGGAUGUUUAUCUAUUCGUGGGCAUCAUUUUAUUC